UUGUGCCAGAUACGGUUAUAAUGACCGGGCGUUCUAUUGGGGUGAAAACGGUAGUGGAGCAAGGCCCAGUACUAGAAUUGCAUUGCAUUCUGUAUGUAUUUAUUUCUCGUGGGAGUAGGGAUUGCGCAGCGACAAGGCGAUCUGGCACCGAAAAGGCGGGAAAGAGGUGGGAAACAGGCGGGAAAGAGGCGGGAAAUAGACGGGAAAGAGGCGGGAAAGACAAGGCAUGAGUGGGGCAAGUAUGCGGAAAUGGUGUAUAAAAGGAAAGCCGGCAAUGGUUCAGGGAGCCGAGGUGUGUCUGUUGAUCAUCCGCACGGUUCCUCUGUCGAUGGAGUCUCUGUUGGCGUCGGCGUCUUUUCCGCGGAGCGCAAGGGUGGACGUAAAUUCCAUGGUGUCUGCAGUGGGCUGAAAGGGGAUGAGCGACGAGGGCAAGAUUUGCCAGGGAGGGAGCCCAACCACUCCACACUAUGGGCUUUCUCAGAGGAUUCUGGAAAUGAAGAGGUUACAGACGCUCCGUUCAUGGAUGCUGUUGUGAAGGUGUACUGCACGUACACUGAGCCAAAUUUCUCUCUUCCCUGGCAGAAGAAAAGGCAGUACUCCAGCACUGGCAGGUGACUGUCUCCUCCCUUUCCUCCUCCUUUCCAUACUUCCAUGCUUCCAAGCUGUCUGUUGGAUUUGACUUUCUUUCCCCUCCCCCCUCCCUCCUCUAAACGAACCAAUUACAGUUA